UUUUUUUUGCUUUUUUUAAUUCGGAAACAGCAGGGUGUCUAUUUUCUUCCAGCCUUUUUUUAGCACGGGUUCGGGGACUACUUUUUAUUGGUGAUCUGCAAGGAUUCGAAAACAAACAGAGCGGAUGAAGUAGCGUGUAACACAUGGUCAAAGGCUUGAAAAUGUAUCGAUCCUUUGGUGUGGAUGCUUUAGUUGACAGCGAAACAGAACAAGAUUCUCCACUUUGUGAACAUGGACCAACUUUACUUUUCGAACGCUUUACAGUUGGAAAAGGUUCUCGGAAGUAUUAUGCUUGCUCAGCUUGUAGAGAUCGAAAGGAGUGUGACUUUUUUCAAUGGGCAGAUGAAAAACUAACAAAGGGAAAGUUACUUAGACAGAAGGAAGUCAAGAAGAUCUUGUCAAAAAAGAGAAAAUCCCCUGAUGUAAUUAAAGAGAAUGAUGAAUGGUGCAUCCAAUGUGAAUCGAGUGUGACAAUACAGAACAAAGACGAACAUCGUGAACAUGAAACGAAAAUCUUAAGCUUAUCUGAUGUUGAGUCACCAAGUCAUUUAUUGACAGCAAAAGAAAACAAAAAAUACAAUGCUCAAUAUUUUUUUGAUCAAGAAACUAUCAAGUUCCUAUCAACAACAAUCUCUCGCUUGGGAUAUAAAAAUAUUCUUUGUAUUGGAACUCCAAGGCUAUUUGAGGUGCUUCGGCUGAAAUCAGACAUCUCCGUAUUUUUAUUGGAUAUCGACAAAAGAUUGCAUCAAUUCUAUUCAUCCAAUUCCUUUCUCCAGUAUAACAUGUUCAACAAUUUCUUCUUUGAAAAGAAUGGUGUGGAAAAGUGUAAAGGGUUUUUGUCGCAGAAAAGUCCGAUAGAAACAUUGAUCAUUGUUGACCCUCCGUUUGGUGGCCUUGUAAAUAUUCUGGCAAAGACUUUAAAAUCAUUGUGGAAAAUGGGGAGUGAAGAAGUGUUACCAACUAUUCUAGUCUUUCCCUACUUUCUUGAAUCGCAUGUAAACAAGAAUAUAGGAGACUUCACCAUGCUCGACUAUAAGGUAUCCUACUCUAACCAUCCACAUUACACUAACAACUCAAAAAACCCUCGUGGAUCGCCAGUACGAGUAUUCACCAACAUCCCUGCAGAUCGCGUUGCGCUCCCACAAGAAGGAUACCGGUUUUGCAAAUUAUGUCAACGAUAUGUUUAUAAAGGAAAUAGACAUUGUAAAAUUUGCAAACUGUGCACGUCCAAGGACGGGCGUACAUAUGUACAUUGUAAAACUUGCAAGAAAUGCGUGAAACCUGGUCGAGUUCACUGUGAUACUUGCGGAAGCUGUGAACCUGCAAACCAUGAAUGUGGAAGAGAAAAGAUUGGUUGUCAUAUAUGUGGCGAUCUUAACCACAAAAGAAGAGACUGCCCACAAAAAAAAAUGGAAUCUAGGCUGUCCAGCCACGGUAAGCGCUCGAUAACGGAAGACACAACACGCAACGAACCUGUUAAAAAGAAGAAAAAACGAAAAACACUUGUUUGAAGCUAGUUUUACGUAAGACAGGCUAGUGUUGCGUAAGCAAGAAAUUUAAGACAUGACAGAUUUCUAAUUAACUAAUGUAAUUUUAUUAGGAAAAAGAAAUUCUUUUUACAAAUUUUUUUAACUAUGUACAGUUUUUUAUACUACAAUGUCUAUUGAAAAUGAUUUUUCAUGCGAAUGAACAGCUUUCUGUAUAAUGCGUCGUGUCUGAGUAAUUUUGAGAGAGAAACACUUGUUGGUUUAUGUAUAAAAAAUAUUAAACUAUCUUUUUCGCUCUCUUUCUUCUAUAAAUUGAUACGUUUCCAAUAUUUCUUCUUCGUAACCAAACCCUCCUAGCGGGAAAUCGACAUGUGUUCCUUUGGGCGGGAUAGAAUGAUAAGGAGUUGUUCUGUGUAACUUUGUGUCAUCAGUAUUUUUUUGUUGUGGCUCAGUCAGUUGUAUUCUAAAGAGAGUGACACAUUUUGUUACAAAGUAUAAAAAGUUAAAAAUUGUAUUGUUGUGUUUCAUGUUUACUUGACUAACACGGC